GUAAAUGAAACCUUGCGGCAGCUCCGCGUGCCGGCCGUGGCCCUACGCCCCCCAGCGCCGGCGAGAUGGAGCUCAAGCCCGGCAUGUCGGCGCUCGACGGCGCCGCCUCCGGCAUAGGGAAAGCACUUUGCAUUGCUUUUGCACAGAAGGGUUUAUUUGUGACUGUUGUCGAUUUCUCUGAAGAAAAUGGAAGAGAAGUUUCUUCAUUAGUUCAAAAGGAAAAUAACAAGUUUCAUGGAGAUCUUAGAGUUCCAUCUGCUAUAUUUGUUAAGUGUGAUGUUAGUAAUGCAGAUGAUCUCGCUGCUUCUUUUGAGAAACAUGUACGCACAUAUGGUGGACUAGAUAUCUGCAUCAAUUGUGCUGGAAUUGCCAACCAAACACUAGUUUAUGAUGAUACAUCUGAUGGAACUAGAACAUGGAGGCAUGCUGUAAAUGUGAACCUUGUUACUGUUAUUGAUGGUACUCGCAUUGCAAGUCAAAUAAUGCGAUCUCAAAAGAAGCCUGGUGUCAUAAUAAAUAUUGGUUCAGCUGCAGGCCUUUAUCCUAUGUUCUUUGAUCCCAUAUAUAGUGCAACAAAAGGGGGUGUGAUUAUGUUUACAAGAUCACUUGCUCCAUUGAAAUGCCAAGGUGUUCGUGUCAAUGUGCUCUGCCCUGAGUUUGUUCAAACAAAUCUGGUGGAACAAAUAAAUCGCAGAAUUGUUGAUGCAACUGGUGGAUAUUUGAAAAUGGCGGAUGUUGUUAAUGGCACAUUUGAGCUUAUAAAAGAUGAGAGCAAGGCUGGUGCUUGCCUUUGGAUAACGAAACGAAGAGGGAUGGAAUACCAGCCAACGCCAGAAGAACAAAGAAAGUAUAUGCUGAAUCCCAGCAAGUCAAAAAGGACGCUGACAAACAACAUAUAUUCCAGCAUCCGAACACCUGAAUUUUUUGAGAAGAUAGUUGUUCACACACUCAGCCAGAAUUUCCGCAAUGCUACAAGAUUGAGUGUGCGAUUGAGACUGCCUAUUGAACCACACAGUGCUCUGGUUAAACUAAUAUAUGCUGGUGUAAAUGCUAGUGAUGUAAACUUCAGCUCUGGACGUUAUUUCAGUGGUAAUGCUAAAGAAGUUGCUACACGCCUUCCAUUUGAUGCUGGUUUUGAGCUGGAUUUUUCCUGAUCCAAUAUGCUCACCUGUGGCAAGAUCAUCUUGAAAAACUUUUUGACCUGUAUGCCUCUGGAAAGCUAAAGGUUUCCCUUGACCCCAAGAAAUUCAUGGGUGUAGCUUCCGUGGCGGAUGCAGUAGAGUAUCUUCAUCUGGCAGGAGUGUUGGCAAGGUCGUUGUUUGCAUCGAUCCAUCAUACAGUGAGACCCUUGCUAAGCUUUAGGGCGUGCUCUGUAAACAUAUGAGCUACACCCAUCACUGCAAGAUGGUCCGUGAUAAAUUCGAAGGUUAUAGGUACAAACACGGAGUUGAUAUUCUUUAUCAGAUUUAUUAUCUGCCUGGAUGAUUCAUAAAAAUGGCUACCAUAUUUCCUCAGCACUGAUGCUAUGAUGCACAUAGCUAUGGCAUAUGCACGUAGUGGUGCACAGUAAAUGGAGGAGCGAAAAUUGACCAGGAAAUGGAUUAAGCUUGUAGACAGAGUAUUUAAAUGAAGUGCUCUGUUCAGUGUUGUAAUACUGUUCCGGCUUAGCAUCCUUCUGAGUACAAUGUUUCCUCAGCACCGAUGCACAUAGUGAUGCACAAUAUAUAGAGAGGCGAAAAUUGGCCAUGAA